AUGAAUGGACGGGCACCCCACGCCAUCAUAACAGACCAAGACAGGGCAAUGAAGAAUGCCAUUGCCAUUGUAUUCCCGAACACAAGGCAUCGAUAUUGUCUCUGGCAUAUAAUGCGGAAACUUCCUGAAAAAUUGGGAUCCCACUCAGCAUACCAUGGGUUGAAGACUGCCAUUCAAAAUGCAGUCUACGAUACACAGAGUUGCGAAGAAUUUGAUGAGAAGUGGGGGCAGCUAAUGCAUAACUAUGCUCUUACUGAUAAUGCAUGGUUGCAGGGGUUGUACGCCGAGAGAUCAUAUUGGGUACCAGUUUAUUUGAAAGGUGUAUUUUGGGCUGGUAUGAGUACUACCCAACGGUCUGAAAGUAUGAAUGCCUUCUUCGACGGAUUCGUGCAUUCUGGUACGACAUUAAAAGAAUUUGUCGAUCAAUUUGACAAUGCUUUGAGGAAGAAGGUGGAGACGGAGACGACAGCUGAUUUCCAUUCCUGUAACCAAACAAUCCCAUGUGUUUCCCCAUUCAAAAUUGAGAGGCAGUUUCAGUCAUGUUACACGAAUGCUAAAUUUAAAGAGGUCCAAGCAGAGGUUAUAGGGAUGCUUUUAUGUAACCCUUCACUUGUCAGCACACAAGGUAGCAUUUCUACCUUCGAUGUUUUUGAAGAAAUUUCCACCCCCGAUGGUCAGUCCAAAAUUAUGAAGUACAUAGUUUAUUUGAAUGAAAAGGAAUUGGAAGUUAAAUGCACUUGCGCCCUCUUUGAGAUGAGGGGGAUUAUUUGUAAGCAUUCAUUUAAAGUAUGUCAGAUGAAGUACAUUCAUGCUUUGCCAGAUAAAUAUUUGUUGGACCGAUGGCGGAAAGAUACAAAGAGAAGAUACACACUGGUUAAGAGUAGCUACGAUGAUUGUCGGGUCAAUCCAGAUGCACGUCGGUAUGAGGAAGUUGUUAAAAGAUGUAUACGAUUUGCCACACGUGUAUCUCGAAAUGAAGAGCAUGUAAAUGCAUUCUUUCAGUUUUUGGAUGACUUUGAGUUGAAGUUGGUAGGAGUAGAGCCUGUCACUUGUUCAAGAAAGGUGAAAGAGAAUGUGGAUGCUAAUAGGGGUAAGAAAAUAUUAAGUCCACACGUUGUUCGGGGGAAAGGGAGGCCGCCAACGCGAAGAAAGGUCCCGAUGGUUGAGAAGGCUGCUGGGAAGAGAAAGAAGAAACAGAUCAAGAGGAAAAUAUUUGACGACGAACCACAAAAUCACAACAAUCUAGUGUCAGAAGUUGGUCAUAAUGUUGACGACGUUGUUAUCCCAACCCAGUGUAGUAAUUUAACACAAGAAACGCCACUAGCAAAUGACGAGUAUUUUGUGUCAUCUGAGGUGGAAGAUACAGCUUGGACAUUUGAUUUGAGCAACUAUGGUAAGCACGUACUAUUUGCAGAUGAUAGGAGGUGA